GCUUGUGUGUGUUUUCACCUGGGAGGUCUUUAUUAGUGUUCACAGUUUUUCUGGAGGUACCAAGAGGUGCCAUCUGCAUUGCUGGUCACCGUGGCCUCAGCCUUCCACCAGACGUGGUACCUCGGAGGGCCCUUGCUGUUUGGUGCCAACGGCUUGUUGGGUCUACAUCAUUGUGAUAAAUCCUCAUGGACUCUGACUGCUCAUUCUUUGUACUGAAUUCUCAACUGUUUAUUCUCAGUGUGGUACCUGGGUUUUGUUGUUGGUGCCCAUUUGUUUCACGCUUUCUUUAACCUUUAAUUUUAAGUUAAUUUUAAAAAUUGAGGUGACAUUCACAUAACAAAGUUAAGCACUGUAAUGUGAAUACAGCAGUGGGAUUCAGUGUAUUCAGAAUGUUGCAUAGCCAAUAUAUCUCUCAAGCUUCCAAACAUUUUAAUAAAUCUCAAAAUAAAACCCAUCAGGCAGUUAUACCCCAUUCCCACAACUUCCUAGCCCUUGAAAACCACCUCUUUUCUGUUUCAAUGAUAUUAUUCAUUCUGGACAUUUUCAUAUAAAUAGUAUAAUAUACUCAGUAAGCUUUUGUGUCUGACUUUUUAAAUUCAGGUUUUCCAGGAUCAGCUAUAUGAAUGCACGCAUUAAUUCUUCCUUCCUUUCUAUGGUAAUGAGUGAUAGCUGUAUAGCCAGAUUUGUUUAUCCAUUCAUCCCCUGACAGACAUUUAGGUUAUUUCCACCUUUUGGCUAUUGUGUUGUGACCAUUCAUGGUAGGUUGAAUCUCAGAGAUUUGUUUGGGUACCUGUUUCCAGUUCUUUUGGGUAUGUGUUCAGGAUUGAAACUGCUGAGUCACAUGGUAAUUCUAUGUUUGAUGUUUUGAGGAACUCGCAAUCUUCUUUUCAAACAACUGUUCAUGUUUAUGUUUCUACCAUUAAUGUAUGAUUGUUCCAAAAUCUCUACUCUUUACGUCUCAGUUACACUAAAGCCAUCUUACUGGGUGUGAAGUGGUAUCUUGUGGUUUUGAUUUGCCUUUUUUAAUGCCGAGGUAAGCAUCAUUUCAUAUGCUUAUUGCUAUGUGUGUGUCUUCUUUGGAGAAAUGUUUUCUCACGUCUUUUGUUCAUGCAAAAACUGGGUUAUCUUUUUUGUUUGUUUUUUGAGUCACUUUAAUUCUUUCUUUUGCCCAGAAAACACAACUUUAUUCAUUACAAAGUGGAGGGCUUAUGAGUUAAAUAUGUGAAUCAGCCCAAGGAUUAAAAGGCAACUCAAGAUAUGGAGUCACCUUAAUUUCUGGAAGAUAUUUUUUACUGGGCAUAAAACUGUAGGUUGGUAGGUUUUAUUUUAUUUUUCUUCUGGUGGCUUAAAGAUAUCAAUUGAUUCUAUAUUUGCUUACCUUUUUUUUUUUUUUACAAAAACCAAAAUCAAAACAAAUGCCCCAAACAUCACACAAUACACUUUUUUAUUGUUUUAAAAAAUAGUACAGUUUUUAUUGUUUUAUUUACCACUAAGACAUACAAUGCCUCUAAAACUUCAAAAAACUAAUGUUAUCCAUUGUUCCUGCGUAUGCAGUAAGUCUUUCUUUUUCUUAGUGUUUGAAAAUUUAUCAGUGCUUUUGAACACGUUAAUUAUGAUGUGCUCUGUGUUCCUUGCAUGUGGGGUUGCUGGAAUAUCUUAGAUCCUGGUCUUGAUUUUUAUAGUAUUCAUCAAAUUUGGGAAAUUUCUGGAUAUUAUUUCAUCAGAAAAGUUUUAGUUGUUACAGGAAGGGCAGAAACAUCAUCUAGGCUCUGGUACUCCAUUGGGACUGAAGUGGAGCUCUCACGUAUAUAGGUGGAAAGCCACAGUUCCUAAAGACACUGUAGCAAGAGAAUGAGUGACCCCUUACUGUCGCCCCUUCUGCUCUCAGCCAAGCUUGCCAUUAGACCUGCCCAUUGGUUUCUGUAUUUCCAAACAGCAUGUUUAUAUUCUUUUUCAGUUGCCACUUCCUGUUUUAAAUAUUGUCUUAGUCAAUUUGGGCUGCCAUAGGUUGGGUAGUUUGUAAACAACAGGAAUUUAUUUCUCCCUCUUCUGGAGGCUGGAAAGGUCAGACUGAAUGUGUCUGGUGAGGAUCCUCUUUCUGGUACGAGGCUGGCACUUUUCACUAUGUCUUCAGCUGAUAGUGGGGGCAGUGAGCUCCCUUGGACUUCUUUUCCUCCCUGCAAAGCCCCGUCUCCUAAUACCAUCAUCCCGGGGCUUAGUGUGAUUAAAACAAUGAGGUGACCGAACACGCACAUCGUGGCAGAGAAUAUCCAGUGUUUGGAAGAUCUGUCACAGAUUCAUCUGCAGAGCUGCAUGUUCCUUAUAUCUGUUCUUCAGCCCGUUGUGUGGUUGUAAAGGAGAACAUUUCAGAAUAAUCAUCCAAGGGCCAAGAUGAGUCUCAAGAUUGAUUUGGAAACCAAAUUUGCUGAGUAUGUUAUAGAUAUAGGAAAAGUCACUCUUGGAACUGAGCAAAGGUUGAGAAUGAACCCUUUAUUGAGAGAGAAACAGGCUGAAGCUAUCUGUCAAGCAAUAUGUGCUCUGCUGAAUUCUGGUGGAGGCGUGAUCAAGGCUGAGAUUGAAAAUGAAGAAUACCAUUAUGAAAGUCAUGGAGUAGGGAUGCAUCUGCCUUUCAGUGACUACUUAGAUCAGAUGCAACAGGGAAAGCUGUUUUUAAUAUAUGUGAAGUCGUGGAACACAGAGGCCACUGGGUUACGACUUGCUACCUUGUGCUCCAAUUUGUACCAGAGGCUUGGACCCUCUGGUAUUGUGGUCAUGGAUUCCCAGGAAGCACUGGCAUUCCUUAGAAGGAAAACUCAGACACCUAUGAAUAAUCCUGAUCAUAACUCGUUGAGUCUCCCGGAAGCUGGGGCUGGUGAACAAGAUGAAGGUGACAUGAGGAAUUUGGCGAAUACAUUAUUUAGAAGCCGUCAGCUUCAGUAUCUGGAAAAACUCAACUUUACUGAGUCCAUGCAUGUUGAAUUCCAAAUGUUCACAACAGACAUGCUGCAACAUAUUAAAGAAACACUCCCCAAGUAUGUUUCUGCAUUUGCCAAUACUGAAGGAGGAUAUAUUUUUUUUGGUGUGCAUGAUAGGAGCUGUCAGGUCAUUGGAUGUGAAAAAGAGAAAUUAAAUCUUGUCACCUUGAGAGAGUCUAUUGACAGCUGUAUAAAGAGGUUACCAGUCCAUCAUUUCUGUACACAGAACCAUAAGAUUCAGUAUGACCUCAAAUUCCUUGAAGUACUUGAUAAGAGGAUCCUCCAUGGAUAUGUCCUUGCGAUCAAAGUGGACCAGUUCUGCUGUGCUGCGUUUGCCCAACUGCCUAGCUCCUGGCAGGUGAAAGACAACUUAGUGAGACAGCUGACCGCAAAGGAAUGGGCGACUUGGAUGGUGGAAGCUGACCCAGAUCUUUCCAGGUUUCCUCAGAUGGUGCUUGAGCUGAGUUUGUCGUCUACGACACCCAGAGGCAGGACUAUAUGCAUACAUCAGAAUCUAGAGGGUCUAGAAGAACAACAGAAAAGUUAUUUUCCAGUAUAUCCAGACAGAAUUUUGUAUACUCCACAAAGCAUCUACAAGGAACUCUUCUCACAGCAUAGAGGACUCAGAGAAUUAAUGAACAUGGAAAUGCGCUCUGUCUCUCAAGGAAUACUGAUUUUUUCUCAAAGCUGGGCCGUGGACUUGGGUCUACCUGAGAAUCAGUAUGUCAUCUGUGAUGCUCUUUUAAUUUCCCAGAAGAACACCCCAAUCCUUUACUCUGUUUUCAGUGAAUGGAAUGCAGGGUGUAAGAACUAUUCUAUGAAGGUCGCCCAUUCUUUGAAGCAGAGGCUGGUGAACAGAGGCGGCUACACUGAGAGAUUAUGCAUCAUUCCGUUGGUCUGCGUGCUGAAUUGUGGUAGAAUAGAAAACAAUCCUCUAAGUUCAGAAGUACCAAUUUACCCCGAGUCCUAUUGCCUUACAACCAUCCAGCACAUGGAAGCUCUGCUGAAAUCCCUUGUGAUUGUCUUGCGUGGCUUCAGGUCAUUCUUAAGUGAUGAGCUGGGCUCUGAGGUCUGGAGUUUACUCACGGAUCAGCAGUAUAAGUUGUUUUCAAAGAAUCUUCGCAGGAACAGAGAGCUAUUUGUUCAUGGCUUACCUGGAUCGGGGAAGACUAUGGUGGCUCUUAAGAUUAUGGAGAAGAUCAAGAAUGUGUUUCAUUGCGAACAAAAAAACAUUCUGUACGUCUGUGAGAACCAGCCCCUGAAGAGGUUUGUGAGCAAGAAAAACAUCUGCUUGGCAAUGAACCGGAAAACUUUCAUGAAAAAUAACUUUGAAGAGAUUCAACAUAUCAUCGUUGAUGAAGCUCAGAAUCUCUGCACGGAAGAUGGAGACUGGUACGGAAAGGCAAAACACAUCACUCAGAGAGACAAGGACCGUCCAGGAAUUCUUUGGAUUUUUCUGGAUUACUAUGAGAUUAACCAUUUGGGCUGCAUUGGCCUCCCUCCUCUUUCAGCUCAGCUCCCAAAAGAAGAGCUGACCAUCGUGGUUCGAAAUGCGGAUAAAAUAGCUGACUAUCUCCAGGAAGUCAUGCAGGAAGUCACAGAAAAUCCUCCACCUAACAUCCCCCCUGGGUCCCUGGUGAUGCUCCACAAAGCUAAGUGGGCUCUGGGUGUUCCAGGCAAUGUAGAGCACACUGAAUACUUAGAUGUGGAGAAGAUGGUGAGCUUUGUAAUAGAGAAGUGCCAGGUUCUCUGUAGGAAUGGUUAUUCCCCCAAGGAUAUUGCUGUGCUCUUCCUCAAGGCAAAUGAAAUAGAAAGGUAUAAAAGUAUGUUUAUACAAGCAAUAAGGAAGAGAACGAUGUCUCAGAUGAAUGAGGCAUUUGUCCCAUUACUACGGAUCACAGAUGCUUCUAAUAUUCAAGAUAAUCACAUUGUGGUGGACAGCCUCCGUCGAUUUUUAGGCCUAGAAAGAAAUAUUGUGUUUGGAAUCAUUCCAUGGGAAUUCCAGUUAGACAUUUCCCACAACCUUCGGUUCUGCCUGGCUUCCAGGGCAAGGACACAUCUCUAUAUUCUGAAGGUUUCUAUUUGACAGAAAGAUGCCAGCCUUCAGUUAGAUAGCUCUCAUCUCUAUUUAACUGUGAAACUCUCUGAUUUGAACAUUAAGCUUCAAAUAUUGAAUGAGCACUGAUUUAUUAAGACACAUCCUCUUCUAGGCACUAGGGUUUGGGAAUAGUGUGGUAAACAAGACUUCUAGAUUCUUCCAUAGACGGAAGUAGAGCUCAGACAAGUUAAGUACAGGGCAAAGAAUUUUUGAUGGUAACAAGAGAUAUAAGAGGGAUUAGAAUGCCCUGAUAUCCAGAGAUUGUGUACAUGCAGGUAGAUAGAGAGGAGGGACAAUAUUCAGGAUGAUUAGAGAAGUCCUCAGAGAAGGAAGGACCAGUUGUGAGACAGUCUCUGCGAAGUAUGUACCAGGCAGACUCUGGUAAUUUCAUUCUUGGUUUUUUUGGGGUUUUUUUUUGUCUUUUCCUUUUUAUCAGUACUGGGGAUCGAACUCACGACUGCCUGCUUGCAAGGCAGGCGCUUUAUGCCACUGAGCUAAACCCCCAGCACCCCUCAUUCUUGUUAAUAUAGCCAUGUGCAGAAGGCUUGAGUGUAUGUAGCGUGCAGUGCGGAAAGCAAUAGUGUGUCCUGCAUCAUAGGAUCCAGUAGGCAUGUUUCCAAAUACAAGAGCUUAAGCUGUAAUUAUUUUGUGAGAGCACAUUGUAUUACAAUAAUGCUUUCCAUUUUGUCUUUUAAUGGUGUUAGUGUUUUUGAUCACUAUGUUUUGUUUUUUUUUUUUUUAACCCUAUGUGAUGUGAGUGUCUUUUGGUUGUUUGGAAUCUUCUCUUUGGCUCCACUUUAACAUUCUCAUAGAGAAUCUAAAGUUACUGCCUAACCCCCCAAGGGGAUAUUGCCGGGGAGAAACGCUGUUUAUUUAAUAGUUCUUCAGAUGAUAGCCUAACAGGAUGAAUAUACUGGACUAUAAGGUUAUAUUUUCUCCAUUUAAUUUAAUAACCAGUCAAAUGGUAGUAAAUCUCUUUGUUCUGCUGAGUCUUAAGGAGUUCAGCCAGUCUUUCACAGUCUAUUGUUACAAAAUACAAAUUUUGCAUUUGCCAAAGGUCUCUUAAAAACUGUCAGUAUUUAAAGCCAAACUACACCAUCUUUUAUGAGACAAGCUAAAAAAUUCAGAGUUUAAGUCUCCAUUAAAAACAACAGAGCCCUCCUAUUUUCCAAGAAUAAGGAAAUUUAAAUUCUCAUGGUAAGAAGUAUGAACUUGAAACAAGAAUUGGUUUAUUUCUGGUGUUAUAUUAAGAACUUUAUUUUUUAAAUUUUCAGACAGGUCUGAACAUAGAGUUAGCCUACUAUGACUCCCACUAAGAAAGGAGUAUAGAAAAUAUUGACUAUUACAAAUGAAAUUAUCUUUGUAGAGAAACAUCAUAAAAGAUUGAGAAACAACCCACUGGGGACAUAUGGGCAACAAAUAUGGAUAGUUCAUUCCUGGUUUUUAAGAACAGUUCCUAUAAACUGAGGAGAAAAAUUCUAAGAUACCAAAAGGAAAAACAGGGUAGGAGUGUGACAGGUAGAAGAACAUAGGGAAAGAAUUUAAAUUAUUUCAUAAGCACAUAGAGACAAUGUGAUAGCAGAUGUAUCAACUGACAGAAUUGUUAAAUAUGACAGCACUGGGAUAACACGCUUUUAUAUUGUGGAAAUCAUGCUACUUUUGUAGAGAACAAUAUGGUAACAACUGUCAAAAAUUUAGAAGCAGAUAGCUCUUUGUCUAGUGGUUCAUAUUUUAGGAAUGUCUUCUCAAAGAUGUGAAUGAUUUCUGUGAAGAAGUAGGUAUAAGCUUUUGUUUUAUUUUUGCUAGUGGCAGAAAACAGUGUAAUAGUGGACUAAUUUGUGGCAUAUCAAUAUAUUGUUAUACUAUAAAGCCAUAAAAAGAGGGACUUUUGUAUGUAUUGAUGUGGGACCAUCUUUAACAUGUAGCCUAUGGAGGCCAGACGUGGUGGCAUCUGUCUGUAAUUCCAGAAUUCUGGGAGACCAAAGCAGCAGCACCAUAAGUUUGAGCCUCGUUUGGGCAACUUGGCAACUUAGCAGGACCCUGUCUUAAAUGAUUCGGGGGUGUAGCUCAAUGUAAAGAGCCUGAGUACAAUUCCCAGUAUCAAAAAGCAAAGACAAAAACGCACAAACCAAAAUAAAACAAAUAAGAACAAAGAAAAAGCUCCAAUUAACCAAACAAACAAACAAAAAGAGUAGUAUAUGUGAAUAAAGCAACAUGCCAGAUAUGUCUUGAUACAGGUAUAUGUUUGCAAGCAUAAAUGCAUUGACUGUCUUACAGAAUUGAACUAAACUGUUUCCAUUUUGUCUUUUAAUGGUGUUAAUGUUUUUGAUCACUAUGUUUUUUGGGCACUGCAGUAUCUUUGGAAAUAUACCUGAAAACUCCCAACUGUGUUUGGCUCUGGGGAAGGGUAAAUGAGUGCCUAAGGAAGAAAAAGACACUGUUUAUGAUUUCAGAUUCUAUACCAUGUAAUAAUUUUACUAUAAUUUUUUUUAUGUUUUUAAGCUUACUAAUGCAGUGGUUUAUGAAUUACUUUCUCAGCUUUGUAUCAACCUUUCUCCUAGGAUAAACUUCAUGGUCAUAAAGAAUAAUGACGUGUGGAGAAUGUGGGAGGGUAAAAUCUGAAAAAUGCAGGAAAUACAAAAAUAAGUUUUUGCUGUACAGGAUUUAUAAAUCCUAACGUUCUUCAUAUUUGUUUCAAACUUUUUUAAAAAAUAAAAGACAUAAUAUAUUACAGCUAAAA